AUGGGGUGCAACGGUGACCUGGCUGGCCAGCUGCAGGAGGAUGGUGGUCACGACGUGGGUGUCGCUGCUGCUGAACGCGAAGAAGGCAGUGAAGAAGAAGAGGAGCCGUUUGAGCGUGUGUUCUAUGAUGAUGAUGAUGACGGCGACAAUUGUGACGAGCCAGAAACACAACCUGUGGAUCCUUGUGAUGAUUAUCCUUUGCCAGAAGAGGAGGAGGAGGAGGAGGCUAGUGGAGAGGAACCUUGCGAUGACGCCGCUCCACCUGAUGGUCACGAUGCCAAUGAUGAGGAACCUUUUUAUUCUGAUGAGGAAGAAGACAGUGGCGAGGAGGACUUGUUUCAUGCUGAGCCUCUAACCGAUCCGGUGCGCAAUUCACAGAGAACUUGCAGGAAGCAGCUCCAUGAAGUGGAGCCAUACAAUGAUCUCGUGGCCAAUGAGCAUGAAUUUUUAAGCAAGAGAUUCAGUGUUGUGCAGGCUGUCAGGAAGGAACAGAAUAAGCAAGAGGCCCUAAAACAGGUGCUGAAAAAAGGCGGCAGUAAUGAGCAGAAGGUGGUACCAGUGACUGAUGAAAUGGAAGUGAAGCCGUUCAAGAAACGACUCUCUGUCAGGUUUGCUACUGAUGUCUCUUGUUACGCAUACGAUACUGAAAGUUUUGGUGCUGCCAAGUUGGAGAAAAGGAAAGCUCAGUUUGAUGACCUGGACAGCCAAUUGUGUAAAAGGCAGGAACACAUGCUCUCUUUGCCUCAGGACGGUGCCAAGCUGAAAGAGGUGGAUGACACUAACCUGUAUGUGGGUAACCUGCCAGCUACUAUGUCUUCUCACAAGCUCCUCGAGUUAUUUUUUCCUUUCGGACGAGUCGUUCGAUAUAAAGUUGUGGACGAUUGUUUCACUGGUAUAAGCCAGGGAUAUGGCUUUGUGAAGUAUGCUGAACCUGAUAGUGCCGCAUCCGCUAUUAGACGCAUGAACGGGCGCCUGGUUGAUGGAAAAACAAUAGAGGUUAGAGCAGCUGGUGUUCCACCGUCAGUACCCAAUCCAUCUAUGCACUCUGUGUCAGAAUCUUCCAGUCAGCUCUCAAAGGAAAUUGACACGAGUGACUUGUAUAUCGGCAACCUCCCCUUGUCCAUGGACGAGCUAAAGCUACUCGAGCAUUUUCUGCCUUUCGGGAAAGUAACUGGUAUAAAGGUACCCAGAGAUCACGCUACAGGUUUAAGCAAAGGAUAUGGCUUUGUGAAGUACUCUGAUUCUCAUCACGCAGCUAAGGCCAUCACCCAUUUGAAUGGAGUUCUGGUUGAGGGUAGAAAGAUGGAGGUUAGAGUGGCCGUCAGCUCUUCAACACUGUCAAAUUCAGCCGUGGGAUCACAGACCAAUACCAGAACCAUCAAGGAAAUCGACAUGGCCAAUCUAUAUGUCUGCAACAUUCAUGCAUCCAUUGACACAAAUAAGCUGGUUGAACUUUUCUUGCCAUUUGGUAAGAUCACCCAUGCGAGAGUAGCAGCAGAUCAGGGAACCUUUUCAGGUAAGGGAUAUGGCUUCGUCAGAUUUGCCGAUCCUCAGUGUGCUGCCCAGGCUAUUGCAGAGAUGAAUGGAGCACUGAUUGAAGGGGAGGCAUUAACUGUCAGAGUCGCAGGCCUUUCAUCAUCAGCAUCCAGCUCAGCUGUAGCACAAGGCUCUCCUCCAGAAAUCAACAAAUCUAGACUGUACGUCACGAACCUUCCACGGUCCAUGAAUGCCGAUAAGCUGGUUAGCCUUUUCGUGUCCUUUGGUCAGAUCAGCAAAGUCGUGAUAAACGUGGAGUACAGCCUUGUGUAUUACACAGAUGUAGCCUCAGCGAUCACAGCCGCCAAAAAUAUGGAUGGGUACCUGAUUGAUGGAAAGAGCCUAACAGUUAGGAGAUCGGACUUCUCUUGUUCAGCUCCAACCAAUGCAGCAGCAGCAGCAGACCAUGCUCUAUCAUACUCAGUUGGCAAGCCCAUGAAAGAAAUCGAUAUGGCCAAUUUGUUUGUUGGCAGGAUCUCACCAACAGUAACUACCGAUCAGUUGGUCGAGCUUUUCCGACCAUUUGGACAAGUUGUGCAAGCUAAGAUGUUUCAACAUAAAGGCUAUGGCAUGGUUAGGUAUGACAAUUCUUCGUCUGCUGCUGCUGCAAUCGAUCGUAUGGAUGGUUACCAAAUUGGAGGAAGUGCCCUGGUUGUGAGAGUAGCGGGCCUUCCUAAUCCUAAUGACUCCAGUGCCGCAACAAAUUCUCUAGCACCACUACAUAUGCCUGGCUAUGAGCAGAAACAAGUUGACUUGACCAACCUGUUCGUGUGCCGUCUACCACUUUACAUCACCACCGAGAAGCUGAUCGAAAUCUUCCUGCCAUGCGGCCAAAUUACUCAAGCAAGGGUAGUUGUUGAUCGAUACACUGGUGUGAGCAAGGGAUUCGGAUUUGUCAGAUUUGCUGAUACCUAUGGUGCUGCUGUGGCGCUCACUCACAUGAACGGUUACCCACUGGAGGGGCACAUCUUGGAGGUUAGAAUAGCCGGUGUCCAUCCGAGUGCUAUGACCAGCUACAUGACAUAUCUCUACUCCCAGUUGACAUACCCUGACCCCUCAACUAUGGCGGUUGGAGUACCAACAUCGUACUGGCCGUACUACUUUGCUGAAUCAGCAUACACUACCACCUCAGCCGAGAACCAGGGGCCUGCAGCUGAUGCUUCUUCUCAAGCCUCUCAGCAGGAAGGCUUGCCUAAAUCUAUGUCAGUCAGUUCAGUCACUGAGAAAGAUUGUUCUUCUGUGUCAAGCCAUGCCACCGACCCUUCUCAGCCACAGUCUUCAGCAGGUUGGGCUGGUCCACCUGGCUUCGAGCCCCAUGCCGUUCGUUCUCAGCCAUAGUCUUCAGUAGGAUGGGCUGGUCCGCCCGGCUUUGAGCCCCAUGCCGCCCCCAAGAAAGACCUGGACACUGUCAUGAAUCCUUCCCAGCCUUGCUCCAAGGUUCAUUUGGCACGGUCAGAAGGCGGUCAGAAAAGGUGUUCGAUUGUCUAGCGCCUUGAUCUAUUCCAUGAGACUUGUGGUGUACGGAGCUCUCGUCGUGGGAUGUUUCUUGGGCGAACAUCGUGCUUGAGUAGAUUUGAUAUUGCUUUUGGAAAAAAAGACCGUAUGCUAGUAUCAUUCGGUUUACCUAAGUACUUAACUAGUAGACUUGGGUAGUUGAGCUGGCUGGUAAAACAAUGCAGUGUAACUGUAAUAUAACCUGCUUAUGGCAUCUUUGCAUGGUUAUUGUUAUUUAUGAUGCCAACUGAUGACCUCCACUUCAGUUAAGAUGACUAAGGUUCCAUGCUA